AGGUACUAGAUUUGUGACCAGAAAAGUCUGAUCACUGUUUUCCUUACCUUAACAAUGAAACUGUUACUGCUGUUGGGAAUCAUAGCAGCCGUUUCGGCUGGCCCAGUUUCUCGCCAUGAUCCUAUGAUCAAUGAAGGCCUCUUCGAAGGAGAUAUCCUGCUGGAUUCCAAUGAUGAUAGAAAUGCAGUUCCUCGUGACUCACAAAGAUGGCCAGGCGGUGUUGUGCCUUACAUGAUCUCACCAGAAUUAGCCCACUUGACGGAGAAGAUCAGAACAGCUAUGAAGCAUAUCGAAGACAAUUCAUGCAUUCGUUUUGUACAACGGACAAAUGAAGAAGAUUAUGUGAAGAUCUUCAAGUAUAACGGAUGUUUCUCACACUGGGGAAGAAUUGGUGGCCAGAAUCAACUUUCCCUCGGAAGUGGUUGCGAACCCUUUGGAACUAUUGUGCACGAGCUUAUGCAUGCAAUAGGAUUUGAACAUGAACACAACAGAUCCGACAGAGACGAGUAUCUUACCAUCCACUGGGAUAAUAUUCCUAAACCAUGGUAUUACGCCUUCCAGAAACUUGCACCCCAUGAAAACAGAUUGUUGACUCAGUUCGACUACUAUUGCAUCAUGUUGUACGGCAGCUACUCUUUUGCUAAAUCGGACGAAUAUAGUAUGACCACUAAAGACGGUAGAGUUUUGCCUGAGGUCUACGACAAGGAGACCAUGUCUGCUGUAGAUGCUCAUAGAAUAAGGUUGCUCUACAACUGUUAAUCAACAAAACAAGUUAUUGCAUCCCGUUUAUUUUUGUUCUUAUAAAUUAGAGUAUGACAUUCCCCCAUCAUUUUCAGAAAAUGUGAAAUAAAUUGUGAUAUCACUUCAAUAAAAUUGUAAUUUAAUUUGGAA